GGAGAAGCCCUUCUGGUGCUUGCAAUGUGGGAAGAGCUUCAGGAAGAGCACCGACCUCCUCAAGCACCAGCACAUCCACACUGGGGAAUGGCCCUACACGUGUGGGGAAUGUGGGAAGAGUUUCAGGAACAGCUCCAACCUUAUCCGGCACCGUCGCAUCCACACUGGGGAACGGCCCUAUUCGUGUGGGGAAUGUGGAAAGAGCUUCAGCCAGAGCUCCACCCUGAUCCUGCACCAGCAAAUCCACAGCAGGGAGAAGUGCCUCAGGUGCUUGGAAUGUGGGAAGAGCUUCAGGAUCAGCUCCCACCUGAUCCUACACCAGCACAUACACACCGGAGAACGGCCCUACACGUGUGGGGAAUGUGGGAAGAGCUUCAGUAACAGCUCCAACCUUCUCACCCACCAGUACAUCCACAGUGGAGAACAGCCCUACACAUGUGGGGAACGUGGGAAGAGCUUCAACCAAAGCUCCCACCUGAUCCGACACCAGCACAUCCACAUUGGGGAACGGCCCUACAAAUGUAUGGAAUGUGGGAAGAGCUUCAGUGACAGCUCCACCCUCCGCUCCCACCAGCGCAUCCACACCGGGGAACAGCCCUACAAGUGCUUGGAAUGUGGGAAGGGGUUUCAGACCAGCUCAGAUCUCCUGAAGCACAAGCAGACGCACACAGGGGAGUGGGCCUUCCGCUUGUCGGAGUGUGGGAAGAGGUUUAAACGCAGCUCACAUCUCCUCGUGCACCAGCGGACGCACACGGAUGAGAGGCCCUUCCACUGCUCCGACUGCGGGAAGAGUUUCAACCAGAACUCCAACCUCGUCACCCACCGGCGCAUCCACACUGGAGAGAGGCCCUACAAGUGUGGGGAGUGUGGGAAGAGCUUCACCCAGAGCUCUACCUUGACCUCACACCAACGGACCCACCGGUAAGGGAUGCCCCGAGUGCGGGAAGAGCUUUGACCGCUGCUUCCACCCCGAAUGAACCCCCUGAUGGUGAGGCAACCCCUGGAGUCCAGUGACUGUCAGUCCAUCCCUUUGGACCCCA